CAAACAGCAAUAAAUAGAAUUAAAAUAUCCUACAUGAUACGAAAUAUUUUAUCUAGAGUUAAAAAUGUUAAGAAUUUCAUAUAAAAAUUUACAACUUUAGUCAAUUUUCGAUAAAAAAAAAAAAAAAAAAUUUCCCCCAAUCUAAACGGUACAUAUAUAUUUUUUGACUAAUUUAAGCCGCUACAAUUCCUUUUUGACUAAUUUAACCAGCACAUAAGAUUUGAAAAUAAAAUAAAAUAAAAACGCGUAAAAAUAAGAAAUUAGACAUAGACAGAGAGAUAAUAGUGGGAAAAGAUUCUGAGUUUAUUCAUUCCAUUAACUCUUCACACUUCUUACACUGCAUCUCAUCGAUCUCAUUUUGUGGAUCUUUCUUUCUUCUCCACCGACACAAGCUCCUUCAAACAAAAACACUUUUUAUUUUACCAUUAUACCCUCACAUUCUUCAUCUCUUACCACCGAAACCAUCCAUUGGCUUCAAUUCUCUGCAUCGCACCUCGCAAAACAAUGCUGGAGCGGUGCCUCGGAUCUCGCCGUCUCCGUCAGAUGCAACGCGCCUGCCGCCGCGGCUCCCUCACCUUCCUCUGUCUUUUCCUCACCGUCAUCGUCCUCCGUGGCACUAUCGGUGCCGGUAAAUUCGGUACUCCGGAACAAGACCUCAACGAGAUCCGUCAACAAUUCUACUCGCGUGGCCGGCGCGUUGAACCUCACCGUGUUCUCGAAGAAGUUCAAUCCACCGAAACCAACAACAACAACAAUAAUAAUUACGCUACUUUCGAUAUUUCGAAGAUCCUCAAAGAUGAAGAAGGUGGAGAUGAUGAAAAACGCGAUCCAAAUAUACCUUAUACUCUUGGACCGAAAAUCUCCGAUUGGGAUGAACAACGAUCAGAGUGGUUGAAGAAUAACCCUGAUUACCCUAAUUUUAUUAGACCUAAUAAACCACGUGUUCUUUUAGUUACUGGUUCUUCGCCUAAACCGUGUGAGAAUCCAGUUGGCGAUCAUUAUUUGUUGAAAUCGAUUAAAAAUAAGAUUGAUUAUUGUCGGCUUCAUGGAAUUGAGAUUUUCUAUAAUAUGGCUUUACUUGAUGCUGAAAUGGCUGGUUUUUGGGCCAAAUUACCUUUGAUUAGGAAACUUUUGUUGUCACAUCCUGAAGUUGAGUUUCUUUGGUGGAUGGAUAGUGAUGCUAUGUUUACUGAUAUGGCUUUUGAGGUUCCGUGGGAGCGUUAUAAGGAUCAUAAUUUUGUUAUGCAUGGUUGGAAUGAGAUGAUUUAUGAUGAGAAGAAUUGGAUUGGUUUGAAUACUGGUAGUUUUUUGUUGAGGAAUUGUCAAUGGUCACUUGAUAUUCUUGAUGCUUGGGCACCAAUGGGACCUAAAGGGAAGAUUAGAGAUGAAGCUGGGAAAGUUCUUACUAGGGAGUUGAAGAAUCGACCGGUUUUCGAAGCUGAUGAUCAGUCUGCUAUGGUUUAUUUGUUGGCAACUGGGAAGGAACAAUGGGGUGGGAAAGUUUAUCUUGAGAAUCAUUAUUAUUUGCAUGGUUAUUGGGGGAUUUUGGUUGAUAGAUAUGAAGAAAUGAUUGAGAAUUAUCAUCCUGGUUUUGGUGAUCAUAGAUGGCCACUUGUUACUCAUUUUGUCGGGUGUAAACCUUGUGGGAAGUUCGGUGAUUACCCGGUUGAAAGAUGUUUGAAACAAAUGGAUCGUGCUUAUAAUUUUGGCGAUAAUCAGAUAUUGCAGAUGUAUGGUUUUACUCAUAAAUCACUUGCUAGUAGAAGAGUGAAGAGAGUUAGGAAUGAGAGUAGUAAUCCUCUUGAUGUUAAGGAUGAACUUGGAUUGCUUCAUCCUGCUUUUAAAGCUAUCAAGUUGCCAACUUCUUGAUUAUUUUGUUUUGUUUUGUUCUGUUUUGUUUUUUCAACAGGUUAUGAUUAGCUUCUUCAAGAUUGAGCUAUUGUUUCCAUUUCACAUGAUUGCAUCCCCCACUAUACUAUGCUCUCAUUGCAAUCAUGUAUAAUACAUGUCAACUCUGUAAUUGUAUUUGUUGUUAUUCAUCUCUUUAUUUAAUUAUCAAAUUUGUUAUCUUUUA